AUGUCGCCGGCAGUCGGCGCCGCUGCACCAGACAUGGUCCCUGACAAGAGCCCACAAUUCAAGCGGCGCCAGGCAGCCUCCAUACAGGCGGAUUUGGCAUCCUACGCUUCAGAUCCUAUGUCGCAGAGUGCUUUACGUCCGCAAAUCUCUGCCGCUUUGUCUGCCAUGGUAAAAACAGUGGAGGACUACGAGGCUAUGGCCAAGCGGGAACUUGUAAUUGCCAAGCGUGAAAAGGCCAUGGGUCGCGCGUCCAAUUUAUUCCAGGACAUUAAAAAAUUCAGAGAGCAGCUCGCUAGUAUUGAUGCUGGUACUGCGGUGGCCAUGUCCCAAACGAGUUCGGGACACACAUCGUCGAUAGCGUCAACCUCAGCAAGAACGCGCACCAUUGACUCACAUGGCCCCUCAUUCAGCAUUAACAGCCAUGCGCCUAGGCAAAGCAUGGCAAAUUCUUUCACUCCCUCACUGCAGACGACCUACGCGAUGCCGAAUACUGUGGUAUCCCCUUCUCUAUCUUAUACACAGCCCAACGACCCUUUGGCUGCCUAUCGCGUACAUCAGCCGAUUGACAUGUACAGUUCAGAGGAAAGGCCGUAUAGUAUGCGUGAAUCGCAUGCCUUACGCGAACACUCGUUCAUCCAGAACACGGAGAACCAGUUGGACGCAUUUAUCGCCCAAGGGCGCUCUGUGCUCGGCAACUUGGUGGAACAGCGCAGCAUUUUGAAAAAUACGCGCAGGCGCCUGCUUGAUGCUGCUAACUCGGUCGGUAUGAGCCGAGAGGUCAUCGUGAAAUUCGUCUUCAUCCGCACCAGCUCCCUCAGAGUCAGCCAGGAUGCCUACGCCUCCAGCCUCAAUGCCUGA